CAGAGGUAAACACAGUCUCAUCUGUCAGUGCGUGGAAACUGUCAUCCUCAGCAUGGCACAUUAUCACUGCUGAUAUGUAACAAGGAUUUAAAAGCUUAAUACAGUCUCAUAGGAUACAAGAUGGCAAAGAUGAUCAUGGGAGCACCAACUACCACAGUGAUUACACAUGUUUAAAACAGAGGGUGUGGUUAACAAGGCUGGUCAUCGAAGAAGCCUCUCUGACAGCCUGCUGCUUGAUGAAAAUGUAUCUGGAGAGAAGUCUGAGUUCACAGACCUUGAUUUUCAUAAAGAAGAUGGAAUUGUGGGUGCAAACAUUCACUUCAAUCAGCAAAAAAGGAAUAAAGGCCUUGACGUUUUGAAAUUUAUUGAAAAUGAUAAGGUUCAAGUGUUGACGAAGUACGGUAUGAAAUCCAGCAAGAGCAUGGACAGUCUGGAUCAGAGUGUCAAAGCUCCAAAUGAGGUGUGUGCACAUCAGAUUCAUAUUGUCUUGCAACCCUAAAUUACACCAAAAUACACUAAGUUUUUCUAAUUCAAAUGUGUCAACAGAUGUGGAAAGAUUCUUAUGAAAAGCUCUUCAAUGCCAAAGUCAAGAAAUUCAUGAUAGGAAAUCAAGCUGUUCAGGAAAACAAAGAUGGCUUCCAUAAUGGGUCAUUGACAGGCCACAGUGAAAGACUUGCCUCUGACCUCAGUAAUUCCCAUUUAAUGGAUUUCCCAGCUGCUGACUGUAAAAUCGAGGUAAAUGUUGCAGCAUUCCUCCAGAAUGCAGAUCGUAUGCGACUCACUCCAUAUGCAGCAGAACCUGCUAAUAAAUUUAGGGCAUCAAUGUCCUAUGAUGACACCAGGAAUUCUACAAGUAUAUUCAACUCAGACUUAUUAUUACAAGGACGUGACCUAAUGAGAGUAGGAAAGAUCAAAGCCGACACUGCUAGUGAUGUUGAUAAUGAAAUCAACCUACAUGGAGGGAAGUUUAAAGAUCCAAAAAUAGAUCUUGGUAUCAGUACACCAGAUUCAAAUCUUGCACUGCCAAAUACCAAAGGAGCCCCUGUGAUAGAACUCACAAAAGGCAGUUUCAGAGGCCCAAAAGCAGGGCUUUAUGCCCAUAAUAUUGAUAUGGAUGUACCAUCAAGUAAGUUCAAAAAGCCCAAAUUAAAACCGUCCAAGUUUAACUUCCCUGGAUUCAACAAGACAGACAUUGCUUACGAUGGAAGUAAGGGCUCAAAACUGGCAGUGUCAUCCUCUGAACUAGGUGCAGGGCUUAAUGAUUCUAAUAUUCAAUUUGAUGGAACAAAAGCUGAUCUUAAAGGUCUGAAAACAAACCUUACACUUUCAGACAUGGACAUGCCAUCUAGGAAACUGAAAAUGCCCACUUUCAACUUGUCUGAUUUUGGUCUCUCAGGACCCAAAAUAAAGAUGCCUGACUAUGAACUGAAGACUUCUGAAAUUGAUCUGUCAGCUCCAAAGAUUAAGGCAGACUUUGAUUCCCCAGACUUCAACAUCAGAGGUCAUAAGCCAGAUAUCACCGCCCCAGAUAUGAAUGUAGAUAAUCCUAAAGGUAAAAUUAAAGGACCACAUUUAAAUAAACCCAAUCUAGAUGUGAAUGCACCUGACCUUGACAUAAAUGCCCCUUCAGGUAAACUAAAGCUGCCAAAAUUUGGCUUUUCAGGUAGUGAGCCCAAAUGUCCCGAUUUUAAAAUCAAUUCUCCAAAGCUGAAUCUCAAAAGCCCCAAAAUUAAGGGAGGACUCGAAUGCCCAGACAUGGAUUUAACUCUCCCUCAGUCUGUUUUGGAAGGCCCGAACCUAGAUAUAAAUUCACCCGAAAUUAACUUUAAUAGCCCCUCUGGUAAAUUUAAUAUGCAAAAGAUAAAGAUGCCAAGUUUUGGCCUGUCAGGCUUGAAAGAACCACAAAUGAAUGUGGGUGCUGACAUUGAAAGGCCAGAUAUUAAUCUGAGCACAUCAACUACCAAACUAAAUGCUGGGAUAAACGAUCCUGAUAUUGACAUUCAUGGACCUAAUGCUGAUCUAAAAGCUCCAAAAACAGAGCUUAAACUUCCAGACAUGGACAUGUCAUCCGGUAAACUGAAAACACCCACUUUCAAUAUGCCUAAUUUUGGUCUGUCAGGUCCCAAAAUAAAGACGCCUGAAAUGGAUCUGUCAGCUCCAAAGAUUAAGGCAGACCUCAAUUCCCCAGACUUUAACAUUAGAGGUCAUAAGCCAGAUAUCACAGCCCCUGACAUGAAUGUUGAUAUCCCUAAAGGUAAAUUUAAAGGACCAAAUUUAAAGAAGCCCAGUCAUGAUGUAAAAGCACCUGACACUGAUAUAAAUGCCUCCUCAGCAAAACUAAAGAUGCCAAAAUUUGGUUUCUCGGGUAGCAAGCCAAAAGGACCCAAUCUUGAAAUCAAUUCUCCAGAGCUGAAUCUCAAAAACCCCAAAAUUAAGGAAGGACUUGGUACCCCAGAGAUAGAUUUGACUCUGCAUCAACCUGAUUUGGAAGGCCCGAACCUAGAUAUCAUUUCACCUGAUAUUGACAUUAAUGGCCCUUCAGGUAAAUUCAAUAUGCCAAAAUUUAAGAUGCCAAGUUUUGGCCUGUCAGGCUUGAAAGGACCACAUAUAAAUGUGGAUGCUGACAUUGAUCAGCCAGACAUUAAUCUGAGCACAUCAACUCCCAAACUAAAUGCGGGGAUAAACUGUCCUGAUAUUGACUUUCAUGGACCUAAUGCUGAUCUCAGAGGACCAAAAACAGACCUUCCACAUCCAGACAUGGACAUGCCUUCCAGAAAACUGAAAAUGCCCACUUUAAAGAUGCCUGAUAUUGGUCUCUCAAGACCCAAAAUAAAGACACCUGACUAUGAACUUAAGACCCCUGAAAUGGAUUUGUCGGCUUCAAAGAUUAAGGCAGACUUUGAUUCCCCAGACAUGAAUGUUGAUAUGCCUAAAAGUAAAAUUAAAGCACUAAACAUAAAGAAGCCCAAUCUUGACAUGAACGCACUAGACUUUGACACUGAUGCUCCUUCAGGUAAACUGAAACUGCCAAAAGUGAGUCUCUCAGGUAGCAAGCUAGAAGGACCGGAUCUUAAACUCAAUUCUCAGAAGAUGAAUAUCCCAAAAAUAAGAAGGGGAAUUGAUAGGCCUGAUUUUCAAGACAUGGAGACUCAUUUUGAUUUUGGUGCCCAUGCACAAAUGCACACUAACAACCUUGCAGUCCCACAGGGUAAAAUUAAAGGAGCCAAAACAUAUGAUCUGGAUGCUCUCUCAAAAGACAAAAGAAUACCAGAUGGAUCUGAUCUUGAUGAAAACUGGAACACUAUGUCAGUGCCUAAACUUCAAGCUUCAAGAAGUAGAGAAAAUUUGGCUAUGACACAUUCAAAUAUGGGAAUGAACCCCAUGCGAGUAUCACCCCAAAUUGUAGACAAUGCAGGUAAUUAUGGGAGAUCUCACAAGAUUCCUAAGCGUCAUUACACUACUGAUGACAUAUGCUAUAUUUGGAAAGGGAUGCCAAGUGGAGAUGGAAGGGGAAACAGGCAAACUGAAUAUGGACAGACAUCAAGUGACCAUAGACAAACAAUAAGAGUACUGCAGUCACAUGCAAUGGAUCUAGAGGUUCCAGAAAGCACUUUGAAAGUGUUAAGAAGAUUUAACCCUCUUAAACUAAUGGGAUAAUUAAAAGGAGGGCAAAUGAGAGACAAGAAUAAGCUUGGUAAUCAAGUUUACAAAUAAUUUGUUAGUGGGCUGAUUUAUGUAGCAUGUUUGUAUAAAUCACCUAAAGUAGACACUGUAAAUGGGUUUGCACAAACUUUAUCUUUACACUUAACACUGAAGAACAAACCUCUCCAUAAAAGAGAAGUUAUAUUUUAAACGUUAACGUACACUUGCACUUAUAGAUCAUAUGCCUCUAAUCAAAUACAUUCCAAGUAUGAGGUGUUUUUAAAACUACUAUUUAUUUUUAUGUAUAUACUAAUGACAACUUUAUGUGGAGCAAGCCUGGUUACAUUGUACAUUUAAUAUUCACACAUUGUAAAUUAUGUAAAAUGCUGCUGUAUUGUAUAAAUACAAUGUGAAUUAAUUACACGUGUGUAAAAAGUGGACCUCUGAAAAAAAAAAAUAUUUGUUUAGGAUAAUUUUUUGCCAUAAGAGUUUGUUACUGUUAUUGCACUUAUUUCAUAGCAUUAAUGCAUUCAGUGCAACAUAAGGGUACCAUAGGGCUAAUACCUAAUGAAUUGCAAAAGUGACUGAAAUAAACAGGAAAUUGU